AUGAUACCACCGGAAGAAAUCUCGACACCAGCCUUACGUGUUAUUCCCAAAGAUGUCCUCCUUGCCCUCAAAAGCUUCCCUAAAGGUACCUCGUGUGGGAGAGAUGGCCUCAGGGAUCAACAUUUGUUGGAUGCUAUGAGUGGAGUCGGUGCUGCCGUUGCUGAGGAGUUAUUGUCGUCUAUUACCGGUGUUGUUAACCUAUGGCUCUCUGGUAAGUGCCCUUCCAUUCUGGGUGAGUUCGUAGCUAGUGCGCCCCUAACUCCAUUACUCAAGCCUGGCGGCGGUCUGAGACCAAUUGCAGUCGGUACCAUCUGGCGUAGACUUUGCUCGAAAUUGGCUGCCACGUCUGUCACAAAGGAUAUGACCGAAUACCUAGCUUAUCAGUAUGGUGUUGGUAUUCCUUGUGGUGGGGAAGGUAUUUUGCACUCUGCGAAUAGGUUAUUGGAGCUAAUGGGUGCCGACCACACCCGGUCUAUGUUGUUGAUAGACUUCUCAAAUGCUUUCAAUCUUGUCGACCGUUCCACUAUAAUUAAGGAGGUGAGAACCCAUUGUCCAAGCAUCUCUUAUUGGGUCGAGUUUUGCUAUGCGAAACCAGCUAGGCUGUAUUAUCAAGAUCAUGUUCUCUCUUCUGCCAUGGGUGUUCAACAGGGUGAUACUCUUGAUCCUCUUUUAUUUGCUUUGGUUCUUCAUCCUCUUGCCGAGAAGAUUGCUACUAAUUGUACUUUAUACUUCCAUGCUUGGUACUUAGAUGACGGCACUAUUGCGGGUGAUACUAUGGAAGUGUCUAAAGCUCUUAGAAUUCUCCAGGAAGAUGGACCUAGCUCUGGUUUACACUUGAACAUCGCGAAGACGGAACUGUUUUGGCCAUCUUAUGAUCCGAGACGAGAUUUGGACAAUGUCUUUCCUACCAAUAUUGGCAGACCAGCGGGUGGUGUUACACUUCUUGGUGGACCGAUCAGCUUGGAUAUGGAGUUUUGCAGCAACAUUGUUCGGGGUCGGGUGGAUAAAACCUUGCAGCUUAUGAAUAAUAUUCAUGAACUACAAGACCCCCAAAGUGAGUUGUUGCUUUUGCGUAGUUGCGCUGGUGUCUCAAGGUUAUAUUUCUCUCUUCGCACCACCUGCCCCGAGGCACUCCAGGUUGCAGGGUCUCGCUUUGAUGACCACCUUAUGCAGUAUCUGCGCCGUCUUGUGGUUGGAGAUGGGGCUGGUUUUGGUUUGAUUCAACAACGAUUAGCCACCCUUCCAAUCAAAGAUGGUGGUUUUGGCGUACUCACUAUGUAG